GGCCCACUUAAAGUCGGUCAAAUGCGAGGGAGAUCAACCCUAGGCAUGGAUGCGCCUGCGGCGCUGCUGGCGGUCCUUGUGGUGUGGUGGGCGGCCGCGGGAGCAGCCGGGCAGUGGGCGUGGCUCGGCCGCAAGCAGCUGCUGCUCCAGGCGUCCCCUGAGCAGGUUCACGUGUCUCUAGCCGGCCUCAAGCACAUCCGAGUGACAUGGAUCACGGCAGCCGGCUCCAACCUCCCGGCCAAGGUCGACUACGGCACCGCCCCAAACACUUACACCGCAUCCGCAACUGCGGAUGGCUCCUCCUCCUACUUUUACAUGCUCUACCGAUCGGGGACCAUCCACAAUGCUGUCAUCGGUCCCCUCGAGGACGACACGCGCUACUUCUAUCGAGUUGCUGGAGCUGGAGGCCGCGAGCUGAGUUUCAAGACACCGCCCAAGCUCGGGCCUGAGGUGCCAGUCACGUUUGCGGUCGUCGGUGACCUGGGGCAGACGCGGUGGAGCGAAUCCACUCUUGCCCACAUCCAGCAGUGCAGUUACGAUGUGCUCCUGUUUGCGGGCGACCUUUCGUAUGCCGACUACUACCAGCCGCUGUGGGAUUCGUUUGGCAGGCUCGUGGAACCAGCGGCAAGCUCGCGACCGUGGAUGGUGACCCAGGGAAACCACGACGUGGAGCGGAUUCCCUUGCUUGCCCGGCCCUACAAGGCUUACAAUUCCCGCUGGUCCAUGCCUCACAGCGAAAGCGACUCGCCCUCCAACCUCUUUUACUCGUUUGAUGUUGCUAGCGUUCACGUUGUCAUGCUCGGCUCGUAUGCGGCCUACGACCAGCGGUCGGAGCAGUAUGCGUGGCUCCAAGAAGAUUUGAACAAGGUGGACAGGAGCAAAACGCCUUGGCUUAUUGCCGUUGUUCAUGCACCAUGGUAUAACUCCAACGCCAAGCACCGGGGAGAUGGAGAUGGGAUGAUGCAUGCACUGGAGCCCAUGCUGCGCGAGGCCAAAGUUGACAUUGUUUUCGCGGGGCACGUUCACGCUUACGAGCGAACGGCUCGUGUCUACAGCGGCCAGCUCGACGAGUGCGGAAUCAUGCACAUCACAAUCGGAGACGGCGGAAACCGCGAAGGACUGGCCCGACGAUUCAGGGAUCCACAGCCGGAAUGGUCCAUCUUUCGGGAGGCAAGCUUCGGCCACGGGGAGCUGCAGGUGGUAAACGCAACGCAUGCGCACUGGUCCUGGCAUCGAAACGACGAUGACGAGGCGGUGGUGGCCGAUAAAAUCACCAUCACCAGCGUCACUGCGUGCACCACCCCCUCCCGCUCCUCGUGAAUGUAUGUAUAAGCCUAUUGUCAUGCCAAGAUACAAUGUGAGCGUUGUUACUCCUAGACAAGCAUUCCUGGGCUGGGCUCAAAAGUGCUUGAGAAAAAAGUUGCUCAUUCAAGGCUUCUUAUCACCAA